CUGGCGGUCUCAGCAGUUGUCCGGUCUUUUGGACAACAUCCUCAACGUAGCCGCGAGGCUAAAGAGGGCGACACCACGCAAGCGAGCCCGUCAACUGCGUCCCGAUAUUCUGGUUUCGAAAACGGACACUCGUCCAAGCAGCCAGCACCAGCACCGAAUCCGGAUCCUUGUUUGGCUUCUAGCACUGAUCAGGGCGGUCAAUGUCCGGGCCCUCAAGGCCAGGAGCGUGUAGGGGACCAGGUCUCGAUGUCACAGAGGGGACCUGCUCCUACGUCUCGACCUCCAUCGCAGUCGCCCCCUCGCGCUCCGUUCCAGCAAUACCCUCCUCCUGGCCGGCCUCAAGAUGUCGCUGCUAGAGAGCCGUAUCCUCCGCGAUCCCUGGGAAUCCGAGGCUUGAUCAACCCGUCAGAGGCACAAUCUGAAGGCCGCCCGAGCGAGACACCGCAGCCUCGACCCAUUGAUCCUCAGAGUUCGCCCUAUGGCAUGCCUCCGAGGCAGUAUGGCACUCCCGGCGACCGCCCGUUCUCGUUUCCCGGUCCUCUUGGAUCACAACCAGUCACACCAGCUGGCCACCCAGCUACGACGCCUCUGGGCCUGACACCAUCAGAGAGCUCACCCAAGGGUGGUUUUCCCUUCCCAGCGAUGAGCAGGCAGGCUCUCAGCCCCCGAGAGACACGGGCAGCCAGCGUGGGUCAGGCGGCGAUCAAGGGCCCAGAGUCCCAGCAAACCCCUUUUCUGCCUCCGGCGGCACCGCGAGCGAAACGACCGUACCAAGCCGACGACGCUCCGCACGAGUCCGUCCGUCCCGCGCCAGGCCUCCCCUUCUCAGGGCCUCCAUCCCUUGGACCUCCGUCCACAAUGGCACCAAUGACGACGCCUCCGCGAGCCAUGUCCCAGCCGAUGAUCGGGCAGGUACCGCCACCCGAUCGGCCUCAGCUUCCUCCGAUGCCGCGAGACCCAAGAGCACCGGAGUAUCAAGUCCAACAAGGCAUGGUACCUCCUGGACCCGGUUACUCUCAACAGGUCUCUCCUCCGGGCCCCGUAUGGUCUGCACCGGGCAGUGGUACGGCAUUGUACCAGAGCCUGCGAUCCGAGUCGGCCAAGGCUGUGAUGGAGGGUGGAAUAAUGUUCAGAAUCGGCGGAGACAGCGGCAUGGUGGUUCCCGUUGAUGUUCAUCAGGCAUCGAAACAGGCGGACGAGAAGCGGCAACGCAACGCCGGCGCGUCUGCCAGGUUCAGACAGAGAAAGAAGGAGAGAGAUCAGGAACAGAUCGCGAGCAUGCAGAAGCUGGAGCAGAGGAACCGGGAGCUGGAGUCUCGCAUGCGGGAUUUGGCGCAAGAGAGGGACUUUUACAGAGACGAGCGGAACCGGCUGCGUGAGGUGGUCCUCCGGACACCGCUCAGCGAAAUGGCGAACGGGCCUCCGAGCCCGACUUCUUCGAGGAGCGGAGGUUCGAUGGCGGAGACGAGUCCCAUGACUCAGGCGCCUAUCCUACCGCCACAUCAUCAACAGCAGGGCUACGCCUCGAGCGAGUCGUCCGUCGAGAGACCGACACGACGACGAAGAACCGAUUCGGCCCCGACCCCCGAGUUCUCCGUUCCGUCGUACGGCACUCCCGUCCCGCAGCCCGGCAACCUGCCGCCCAUGCAGGCCGGCGCGUACGGCAUGAUGCAGCGCCCACCCUCGACGACCCCUGGGGGCGAGAGACUGCCUCCUCUCCGGGCCAUGGAAGGUCCCUUCGGAGGCCCCGGCCCGGACCUGGGGGGAAUGGUCACGACCCCCGGCGGUCCGAUGUACCCGAGCUACACACGCGUGCCCCACGAGACGGGGUUCGCAAGCAGGCCCUCCGGCCCAUCACCUCCCCACGGCCAUCAUCCGCAUGACCAGGGCCAGCGGUGA